AUGGCAAUUCGAAGGUUUCUGAGCAAACGAGGAGCACCAGACGAAUUCUUCUCCGAUAAUGGAACCAACUUCAAGGGUGCAUGCAACGAGUUAGCAAGGAUCGAUCGAGAAUGUGCGGAAGUCGUAACGACUCCAAGCAUAAAAUGGACCUUCAUUCCCCCAGCUACCCCACACAUGGGGGGUAGUUGGGAACGCAUGGUGCGGUCCGUAAAGGAGGCCUUGAAGGCUUUCAACGAUGGUCGAAAACUUACGGAUGAAAUUCUACUAACUUCGUUGGCUGAGGCAGAGGACGCAAUCAACACCCGUCCAUUGGUCUACUUACCACAGGAAGCAGCAGAAAUCGAAGCAAUAACGCCAAACCAUUUUCUUCGCGGAACUGUGAAGGAUGCUGAUUUGAAGGUGGACGUUUCUUCGGAUUUUGCAGAGGCUCUAAGAGAUGUUUACAAGCGAUCACAGUAUUUAGCAGAGCAGAUGUGGCAACGCUGGCGGAAGGAAUAUCUGCCAACCAUAAACCUACGAUCAAAAUGGGUUGAAGAUCGAAAGCAGCUCUGCGUUGGAGAUUUAGUGUUCAUUGUGAACGAUGGACACCGAAAGAAUUGGACUAGGGGAAUAGUGGAGGAAGUGUUCGUAGGUAACGAUGGUAGGGUUCGGCAGAGAUUCCUGGUAAAUCCGGAAAUUCCGGAGUGUGAGCCGGAACCGGAGUUACGGGCUGGGGUGUGCGGAAAACCACAGGGCAGUCUAGUGACAUUGACGGUCUACAUAAUAACGUAG